AUGACGAUCCUCCACGUACACAUCGACGCAGGUGUCACACUGCUUGCGAAGCAUGUCGAAACCUGCAUGAGAAGUGCGAUGGAGGAAGACCGUGUAAUAUGUGCCGCGAUCGAAACCGAGAAUGUGUGUACGCACAGAGAUCUCGCCGAGUCAGUCAGCCUGCUCAAAGCACCAGCGGCACUGCGGAUGGGAGACACUACUCUCUGGGGGCCAACAAUACCGAAACUUCUGACCACGGCCAAGAACGGCGCAGAUACUAACCUCUAUGCGACGGCGGAAACCAGAUCUACCGCUGCACACCAACAAGAAAGCACAACCACGAUGAAUUCAGUGACCAAUGGAGCUCUAUGGGAUGGCUCCACCAUUGUGUCACCGUCUGGCUACACAGACUCCUUCCUGCAAAAUGUGCCAGGAUCGCCUGUUGAGGGCGGCAUUCCUUCAUCAGAAACUGGUGAUGCUUUACAGAGGUCGAGAAUUGAAGGUGACCUUCCCCAAACGGACGAGGCCGAUCUCUUUGCAGACGUAAUGCAUCUGGAGGGCAACGAUAUUACGGACAGGAUCCAGAAUGACGAAAUAUUCGCUGAACUAGACACCUCCACAAUCCCUGAGUUUUUGGAUAUUCUCCUCCCUGAUUUGCCAGAUGUAUCCUUUGGAGACCAUACUCUUCUUCUAGAGGGCCACGCAGGUCAGAGCGAUUGCCGAGAGGAUACCCAGUCUGAGAUGGCGUUGCCACGAACGGACAAAAUGAUACAUCAUCAGCUACGAGACCCCAGUUUCCAGUUCCCGUCCACCUGGCCCGAUAUUACCCUCUCUUCGUUGCCAACGGCGAGCGUAAUGCACAAUAAUGAGGCCAGUAACCAAUCUGAUUUGGCGCAUAUGCCACCUCUCUCUUGGAAGGACAACAUUAUCGAUCCAGACGGACCCCAGACAAACGAGACUCGAAAGGAACGUCACUCUAAGCAGAGCAUGCUUGUUAAAAGGUUGAUUGACUACGCCAUCACAGCCUCGGACGUAUCGUCAGUCGAACGACGUCGUUACUGGGAGUCUGAAUCCGCCCAAGUGUCUAAGGUGUUUGGUCUUUCUCAGCCGUCUGACCCCAGUGGUUGCAUAUUCGUCCGGAUGGUUCAACUCUACCAGCAAAACAUCCUCCCGUUGUGGCCCAUGAUCUGCGAGAAAGAUCUCCAGGACCCGACAAGCUUACACCCAGUUCUCUUCCUGGUCGCUGUAUCAAUUGGUGCCAUGUAUCUUGAUCAAAGAGCUAGUGUCUUUGGCGACAUCUUGCAGAAGGGCUUACGAACAGCUCUGAUCACUUCCUUCAUAGAAGAAGAGCUUACGGACACGGACACAAUUUGGUUGGCUCAAGCCAGAAAUACGAUCCAAGUCGUUUCGUUGUAUUCUGGCCAAGGUCUAGGGCUCACAUACGCACAGCAUCUGGGCGCGGUUCUACUGUCACAAAGUCGGCGCAUGGGUUUGUUUCGGCGCACCGAGAAUGAAGAUUUUUCAGCCCCCCGGAGUGCUGAAGAACAUGUCGCAGCGUGGGUACGAACAGAAACAAGAAGACGUGUCGCAUUUGGUAUAUUUCGAGCGGACGUUUUCAUGAGUUCUCUUAUGAAUUGUCCGCCCAGUAUCUCACCAGAAGAGUUGAAAAUUUCCCUUCCAUACCCAGAUUCUCUGUGGCAGUCGAUCGGGAAUUUACCCGCAGAAGAGAUAUUGGAUGCCCUGAGAGAUGAGGCCGGUAAACAGAAUAGCGGUCUUCUGUUUUGUGACCUCGUUCGCAUCACCUUGGAUCGCCACGAGGUCCUCUUAAAUAUGGAGGCGAGAGAUUAUGAGUUGCUUCUGUUCGGCCUGCAGAGGGAAGUAUGGAAGUUCAGCCACGAUCCCGAUAUGUUUCAGCGUUUGACCGGCCAUACUCCCCAAGAGGAUGAACAUGCUGAUUUCCUGGACGUCGAGGUCACUCGUGUCUUUGACAACCAUUCCAAGCCACGAGACCGACUCCAGAUCGACCAUCGGGAAAUGAAGGACUUGAUACUCGAUAGGAGGCGGCUUCUCAAGGCUCUUGAGAAAUGGAACCAAAGUUUCAAUGCCAGCAGAUACCGCGCUGGAUUCAGCAUUGAUCGAGGAAGUAUACUGAGUAGCCUGCUUCUGUUCCACAUUUACCACGUUCAACUGAAUGCCUCGCUGGAUGUUCUGCAUCAAAUAGCCGAUGGUCGCUGCAACAAGACCACUAUUGACAACCAGACGCUUCGGAAAACAAUUCGCUGGGCACAUAACUCACAAGGAAGGAAGGCCACAUAUCACGCUUCGAAGAUUUGGUCACUCCUUGACAACGAGGCAAGAAUGAAUCCCAUGAAGAAAGCACGGUACACUAUGCUCUCAUUCAUGGGUUUAUACCAUGCAUCCGUCGUGCUUUGGACAACAUAUGGAGCUCAGGGCGCCACCUUGCAGCCUCUUACGGCUCCACCGAGCAUUGGUGGCUUGGAUCUUUAUCAUCCCAGUAGUCAUUGUCAUAUUCUGACUAGCAUCGUGUUUCUCUAUCAGAGGUUGAAGUGUAUGAACUGGGAUGCUUUUGCAGACAGUGUCAGAAGACUCUCCCGGUAUCAAUUUCCGCGAGAUCAUACCUGUUGA